AAAAGUUGUGUUUUUUUUAAAUUGUUACUUCUCUUUUUCUACUUACUUUUUUCCCUUAUAUAAACCGAUUUCCAUACUCUUACCAGUUCGUCCAAGAGCAAGCAAUUGCACUCAGAGAAAUACAUACAAAGAGUAUCUCUUUAUUAAGCUCAUUCACAAUUAACACACUUCAGAAAAACCCGAUACCCUAAACCCGAACACAAAAAUGUCUUUUGCCCAUUUCUUUGAGAACCUCCCAUGGGUUAACAUCGUUGGUGUCCUAGGUAACACAAUUUCCUUCAUGGUCUUUCUUUCUCCAAUUCCAACAUUUUACCGGAUUUAUAAGAAGAAAUCAACUGAAGAAUUUCAGAGUAUUCCUUAUGUGGUUGCAUUCUUUAGUGCAUUGCUUUGGCUCUUCUAUGCAUACAUCAAGAAAAAUGUUCUUUUUCUUGUUACUAUUAACUGUUUUGGGGUCUUCAUUGAAACCAUUUAUCUCACUAUUUUCCUCAUCUAUGCCAACAAGAAAGCUAGGAUCUCAACCUUGAAGAACUUAGCUUUGUUCAAUGUUUUUGGCUUUGGAGCUAUUGUGUUCAUCACUAUGGUGAUUGCACAUACUACUCGUACUCGUUUGUUGAUCCUUGGAUGGAUUUGUCUCAUUUUCUCAUUGUGCGUCUUUGUUGCACCCCUCGGUGUCAUGAGGAAAGUUAUCCGCACCAAGAGUGUUGAGUACAUGCCAUUCUUCCUCUCUUUCUUCCUCACCAUAAGUGCCGUUGCAUGGUUCUUCUUUGGUCUCCUCAAGCAUGACUACUACAUCGCGAUUCCAAAUGUGUUGGGAUUCAGCUUUGGAAUUGUACAAAUGGUGCUAUACAUGAUGUACCGUAACUCAAAGCCAAAUGAGAAGGACAUAGAAGUUGGGAAAUUUAAGGAACCUUCAAGUGAUGAUAUCAUAAUAGAAGAACCAAUAAAAAGCCAAGCUAAGACCACGACUACUACAACUACUACUACUCCAAACGACAACGUUUAUGCAAUUCAAAUCCCUAACCUAAACAUGCUUAAUCUUCACCAAAACAACAAUGAUGAUCUAGCCAUGAAGAAUGUUGGUCUCAACAAUCAUACUCCUCAAAUAUCCGUUGCGGUUUAAAUUAAUUAAUCAACCAAUUUGAAUUAUCCAUGGACCAUGGCAUGCAUUGUACGUAACAGUUGAUUUGAACAGCUGGCUAUAUGCUUCUUUGUCUACUAUUUUAAUUAUUUUUCCAUUUGGUUUUUCUUUUUAUUUUGUAUUCCCGUGACAUAAUUUAAUCUUUGUAAUUUUGUUGCAAUCAUAUAAUUAAAAUGUCAAUAAAAUCUUUGUAAUUCUCCAUUUUAUAUCCAAUCUUAAUGCAAUUGUACUAUUUA